AUGUCGUCGCUGGCCGUCUCAUCAGGAAUCAGCACUAUGCAAUCCACUCCCGCUCACGAAUCUGGCACCGCCUAUGCCACCCCUCCCACCCAAUCUACGUCGAGCUUCGCCAGCGGCUCCAACACUCCUUCCCACCAGAUCCGCAUCAACGGUCAGAGCUCCGGCAUCGGCGAGUCGCCCGCUCCGCACUCGGCGCGUUCGUAUCACAGCUCAUCACAUCCGCACCAACCCAACGGCACCAGCUCCAGCUCCAACGGCGGUGGCAAGGACAGAAAGUGGAAGCAGAUGUUCAAGUUUGGCUCCAUCGGCCGUAAAGCCAGCGGCAACGCGGCAAACGACCGCAGCGUGUACACCGAUUCAGCCGAGUCGAGCACUCACAGAGCUGGCGACUACUUUGACAAUGUUCAGUACACUGGCUCGCACUCUGGCUCCACCUCGUUCCAACCCAUGAACGGAUCCACCGUCGUCACAGACCCUAGCUCCUUCUCCAACGACAGCUACUCGUCCGAAGAUCGCAACGCUUCCGGCUCCAUCGGCGACGCCAUGACUGCCUCUGCCUCCGGAAAACUGCAGCCACCGGCCGACAUUAGCGAUAACGACUCGUCUCACCAAGGCUUCGCCUCUCGCCUCAUGAGGCGUGUCUCGAGCGCACCAGACACCAACAAGCUCUACAAAAACGGCCAGAACGCUGCCGCCGCUUCCAAGCUCAACGAGGCCACCUCUUCCACCAAGAACGGCUACUUGUCUCCCGACACCUCGGCGAGCCAGCACGGUCAAUUUGCGUCCGAGGGAGGCGUGCCUGCCACUCCCAGCAAGGAUCAGCUCAACGCAGCUUACUUCUCCAACUCGCCCGUCCGUAUGGACAGCAGCGCUACUUCGUUCAGCUACAAGGACUUUGAGAAGGGCCGCUCGGUCAGCGCAAAAGGCUCUUCGACGCCCAGGUCCGGUCGAAUCGCCUUCCCCGGUACCAAUCGCUCCAAGAGCUCCAGCGGCAAGGACAAAAAGUCGCAGCCACCUCCGCCCAGCAGCUCUGCCAAUCUCGCCGCUUUGGCAGGUAUCACCUCCGUCAACCGAGGCCCCGGCAGCUUCCGACGCACCUAUUCCAGUAACAGCAUCAAGGUCAAAGAGGUCGAGGUGGGGCCCAACAGCUUCAGCAAGGUCAAGAUGCUCGGUAAAGGUGAUGUCGGCAAGGUUUACCUGGUGCGAGAGAAGAAGACGGACAAGCUGUUUGCCAUGAAGGUUCUCUCCAAGAAGGAGAUGAUCAAGCGCAACAAGAUCAAACGUGUCAUGGCCGAGCAAGAGAUUCUGGCCGCCUCCAAUCACCCUUUCAUUGUGACGCUCUACCACUCGUUCCAGUCCGAGGAUUAUCUCUAUCUCUGCAUGGAGUACUGCAUGGGCGGCGAAUUCUUCCGAGCGCUCCAGACACGUCCGGGCAAAUGCCUGCCCGAGGAAGAUGCCAAAUUUUACGCCGCGGAGGUGAUCGCAGCGUUGGAGUACCUGCAUCUCAUGGGCUUCAUCUACCGCGAUCUCAAGCCCGAAAACAUCUUGCUUCACCAGAGCGGUCACGUCAUGCUUUCCGACUUUGAUCUGUCGGCCCGAGCAACGCAGCGUGGCGGUGCUCCUGCCAUGAUCCGUCAAGCGACGCCCAACAGCGCGCCCCUCGUCGACACGAGAAGCUGCAUUGCUGACCUGCGUACCAACUCGUUUGUCGGCACAGAGGAGUAUAUUGCCCCCGAGGUCAUCAAGGGAUGCGGACACACCUCGGCCGUCGAUUGGUGGACAUUGGGCAUCUUGAUCUACGAGAUGAUCUUUGCCACCACGCCGUUCAAAGGAAGCACGCGCAACGAGACGUUCUCGAACGUGUUGCGCAACGAGGUGCAGUUCCCGGACUCGAUUCCCAUCUCGUCGUUUGGCAAGUCGCUCAUCCGCAAGUUGCUCAUCAAGGACGAGCUGAAGCGCAUGGGCUCGCAGUCGGGCGCGUCCGAGGUCAAGCAGCACAAGUGGUUCUCCAACAUCUCGUGGGGCUUGUUGCGCAACUCGACGCCGCCUAUCGUUCCAGCUUACUCGAAUGGCGUCGAUGCCGUCAACUUCCGCAAUGUACGUGAGAGUCGCAGCUUGAACCUGGAUGACCAGGGCCACGACACUAAUGCCAAGCCGGCGGCCGUGAUCAAGGCUGUUGCCGGUCAGAAGAACGUCGGCGACGAAGAAGGCGAUGCCGUUGUGAGCAACCCCUUCAGCGGCUUUUCGAGCGUCACGCUCAAGCACGACGAUUAUUAA